UCUCACCCCUAAACGAGAAAUUUGACCCUCCAACCAAGAAUGGCCUCCGUUUAUGCUUCCUCGGCUAUUGCUGCUGCUGCUGCCAUCUCACCCCCCUGCAGUUCCCAGAAGACUGGAUCAGUAGUGGGAACAACGAAGGCGUCUUUUCUUACUGGAAAGAAGGUUAGAUCAGUGAGAAAGUACGCAAAACGCGCCGCCGCGUCAACGGUUCCGGUGUGCGCUGCCGUUGAGCCCGACAGACCCCUUUGGUUCCCCGGCAGCGUUCCUCCUCCGUGGCUGGAUGGGAGUCUUCCGGGUGACUUCGGCUUCGAUCCUCUAGGCCUCGGAUCGGACCCCGAGACAUUGAGAUGGAACGUACAGGCGGAGCUUGUGCAUUGCAGGUGGGCAAUGUUGGGAGCUGCAGGCAUUUUCAUCCCAGAGUUCUUGACGAAGAUCGGGAUCCUAAACACUCCUUCAUGGUACUCGGCAGGCACCGAGGAAUACUUCACCGACACCACGACUCUCUUCAUCGUCGAGCUUAUUUUCAUCGGCUGGGCCGAAGGGAGAAGAUGGGCCGACAUCCUCAAACCAGGGUGCGUAAACACCGACCCCAUCUUCCCCAACAACAAACUCACCGGGACCGACGUCGGGUACCCCGGUGGCUUGUGGUUCGAUCCUCUUGGGUGGGGAAGUGGUUCGCCCGAGAAGAUCAAGGAGUUGAGGACCAAAGAGAUCAAGAACGGUAGGUUGGCUAUGUUGGCCGUGAUGGGCGCUUGGUUCCAACAUAUCUACACCGGCACGGGCCCCAUCGACAACUUAUUUGCUCACCUCGCCGAUCCCGGUCAUGCCACCAUUUUUGCUGCUUUCACCCCUAAGUGAGAAAGCGAGGAGGAAGGAAGAACCCUAAACGCCAUUAAAGUGUUGGAGAAAAUUGAAUGGUCACACACCCUUCGUCUAGCUUGCAAUGAGAAGGAAAGAUGUGUACGGGGAUGUUUGUAUCAGUAGAUAAUUGUAAUGCCUAUGUUCAGUGAUGUACAAAUACCUUUUAUGAAAUUAGACUGCAAUGAAUAUUUUUCUUCAGGUU